AUGAGCUCAUUAGGUACGAUUCGUCAGCGAUCAGUAGAACGUCUACGUCUCGUCGAAACUCUUACAAUCACCGAUGAGUUGGGCACAUGGUCUUAUGAUCAUUUUCGAGGUCUCUUCGACAUUGAGCUCCGUUCUCAUCUUCAGAAGUCCUUCCCAUCUUGUUGGGUCCUCGCUAACGAUGCUCGCAUCCACUGCCAAUUUGCUUUUAGUGGUACUCGACAAGCCAGUGAAAUUGCAACAUCACUUUUCUUCGAACGCCCACGUACUAGUUCUCUUGAACAGUUUGUUGAAGAUGUGUGUGCCAAAGAAGACAAUAUGAAAGCUAAACAAUGGCUCGAGGCAUUGCAUGCAGGAGACAUUCUUUCAUUUCCUCAUUUAUCUAAUUUAAAACAAACUGAAUGGGACAAUAUAAAAAAAUUGUCAAUGAAUGCAAAGAGAAUAUUGAAGACAGCGGUUGACCGAGAACGAGAGAGUGCUGCUGAUGAUCGACGACGUUCAUUUGAAGAAAGUUCAUCCAAUGAAGAAGCUCCAAGGUUAACAGGUACGGGUAAAUCGGAGAUCAUGAGUAAACUAAGCACGAAACUAGGUAUUGCCAUGGUCGGACCACCUCUAGCAGCUGGCGAACUCAAUCGUCCUUUGGUCGGUGAAUCAGAACGAGUCAUAAUUGCACUUGCCUCCCGAUGUCAUCGUGUGCCCUAUGCUAUGUGCUGUUUGUCUAUUGAUGAAAUUGAUUCCCUAGCACCGAAACGUGAUGAAGAUUCAAGUGAAGGAAAAGUAGACAAGAUUAGUGUUCUUCUCUCAUUAAUUGAUGGUAUCAAAGAUGUACCCAACCUUAUGAUUUUCUGUGCUACAAACCGUCUGCACAUGAUGGAUGAAGCUUUUUUGCGGCGUAUGUCUGGAAAAUUUUUUGUUGGUCGACCAUCAUCUCAAGCACGCACGAAAAUCUUGGCUCAAAUACCAGAAUGGGCUCUUGAACCAGAUCUCAUCGAUCGGUUAACUAUUGUUUCAACGAAUUUUAGUGGUGCGGCAUGCAAAGCAUUUACUCGAGCCAUCACUGUUCGUUGCAUGGCUGCUCAAAGAACACAACCAAACUUUCAUGUCAACUAUAAAGAAGCGCUGAAAAUCGCCGAUCGAACUGCACAACAAUAUCAAAUCUUCCUCGGUAGCGAAAAUUUACCUCGUCUACUUCUGCGCAACCUCAUGAAUGGAUCAAGGAUUCGUGUAAAUCACCUAUCACGACACAUAUAUGCAGGACGAAUCAUUGUCGAUCUACAUGGCGGCAGUGCACGUAUUGAAAUCAUUGAGAGUGGUGGUCGUAUCGCCGUGAUCGAACAUAAACUUUUGCCAAAUGAGACAAGUGUACAGAGUCUGCUUGAACGAUUGACCGUGUACGGAAAAGAUCGAAAUGUACAACUUCUUCAACUAAUUGAUCUCAAUCUGCUUGCUUCCCAAGGAGCGUACGAUGAGAAAAAAGUAUUUGAAACACUGAAAGAACGAUAUGACGAAUGCGUAGCCUAUACUCGUUCAAUGAUCAUCUACGAUCUUGAUUCGCUUGUCGGUGUUAAUAAAUCGGAAUCAGAUUCGUCUAUGGGUCGAUCCAUGAGUUCAUCUGUCGUCAAUCAAAGUGUGUAUACAUAUGUUCGUGCAAGAUUUCGAGAAGCAGUCGUUGAGCAACAACAAGAAAAAAAUGAUGAACAACAACAAAUGGUAGAAAAAUGGGCAGUGGCUGUUAUUCGAGAACCUUUUCUUUUGAGACAAUUUUCGUCCGAUGUUCAAUUUGCACGAACACGACAAGAAGAAGAAGAGCUCGAGUUGGAACAACAUAAAGCUGAAGAUCUCCUCAAAUGUGUUAAAUGCAAAGAUCUUUACAUAGAGAAUGAAAAUAAAAUGGGUAAUUGUGUUCAUCACGAUGGAUUUAUAUAUGAUAAUUCAGCACCUGAUCUUGCCAUUCACACUCAAAGUGAAGUGGCAUAUAUGUUGACGAAACUUGAAUGCGAUGCUAUCAAUUAUCCUGAAAGACGUGAAGAAUUUGAGCGACAAAAAAAUAAAUUCAAAUGGAUAUGUUGCGACACGACAGUGACAACAGGUUCCGGUGCAGGUGGGUGCAAAAAAGGCAAACAUGGCUUUGGUGAGGAAGUCAGAGAGGGGCAGCGGCGAGAUGGACAUCGUCUUGAUCAAACAGUGGGAAGAAGAGUGUCGACGUAA